AUGGAGACUGGGCCGAGAGCCGCCCGAAAAGGCCGGAAACUGGGCUCCAGCCGGCGGCGGCAGAUACGGGAGCCCGCUGCGGGCCAGGAUGGCCCCGUGGCCCCAGAGCCCUGGUCCUCCCAGGCAGCGGAGGAGCUGCAGGGCUUCUUCCGGGCCUGUGGCGCCGCGGAGCGGGGCUUCGUCACCCGCGAGGACCUGGCGGUGGCCAAGUUCAGCUUCCUGGGCAGCGAGGAGGAGCCGGAGAUGAUCUUUGACUGGGUGGACGUGGAGCGGAAGGGACGCCUCCCCCUGGAAGAGUUCAGCUCUGGGCUGAAGAGUAUCUUUGGCUCCAGCCCGAGCACCCAGAGGGUCCGCGGAAGGAGGCCACUGUCGUCCAAGCGAGGAUCUGCGGCCACCAGCUUCCCCGUGCUGGAGGAGGCGGACGCGGAGGAGAAGGAGGCGUUUCUUGCCUUCAUGGAGCAGCUGGGGGGUGGCCACUCACUUCCUGAGCAGGAGAUCUGGCAGCUGUGGGGGAAGCUGAGGCAGGAGGAGCCCCAGCUGGCGGGCAACCUGGAGGGUUUCCUGGCGCAGAUGAGCAGCCGCCUGCAGGAGGCCCGGGCCGACAAGGAGUCUCUGGAGCUGACCCUGAGGAAGCGGGACUCUGACCACCACCGCGAGGUCCAGCAGCUGUACGAGGAGAUGGAGCAGCAGAUCGGCCGGCAGAAGCAGCAGCUGCAGGCCAAGAGUGACUCCCGGGACCUGGCCCGCAGCUCCCAGAUGCAGGCGGUCCUGGAGGCCAAGGAGCGCGAGGCGCAGCAGCUGGCGGAGGGCCAGAGGGAGCUGGAGGCCGAGCUCCAGCGCCUCAGCAGCGCACACCGGGAGGCCGGCUCCGAGAAGCUGCAGCUUCGGGAGGCCCAGCGGGACCUGGCUGAGCGGCUGCAGCAGGUGCAGGAGCAGCUGCAGAUGACCCGGGGGCACCUGAACUUCGCCAGGAGCCGCGUGUCCUGGCAGGUGGAGGAGCCGAGUGUGCCCAGAGCAGGUGAGGAGAAGGCUCCCGACCCUCAGGCAGUCUCCUCUGAGGAGGCGCCCCUGCCAGGACUGUUCGGGGACAAUGAUGACUGGGACCAGCUCCUGAGCAGCUUCAACAGCCCCUGGCACAGAACCCCACAGCUACUGUGGAGCCCGCCCGCCACCCCGACAUCCCCCUCUGCCCCCCAGACACCCCGAGUGGUCAGGCAGAUCUCCAUCUCAGAGCAGCACGAUCUGUUGUUUGGUCGGGAGCCAUCUUCAGAUCCCAAUGCGGCCCCAGGGAGCCCCCCUGGGGUGACUGCCAGGCCCGAGGAAGGGAGAGGAGCAGACCCAGGUGGGCAGGACCUCAGUGCAGAGCGGCCCGCGGAGCCUCGCAGCGUGCACCCUCAGGGAGAGCCCGGGCCGGGCCCUGAGGGCCACUUCUUUGGGGAGCCUCUUCUCCCCACAACUCCAGCUGGGGGGUCAGGCGGCCUGGGGGCAGCUGCACUCAAAGUGCUUGAUCCUCGGGGGGAUGGCCCCCCUCCCCAGGGGGCUUCUCCUGCUGCCCAGGCCCCAGCUGGGCCCAGCACACACUUCCAGACGUCAGACCCAGAUGAUAGGGACUCCUGGACGGGGCCUGUCCCAGCCAAGCCACCCAGGCACAGGGAGGCCCUCCACCAGGGCCCUCAUACUGCGGGCUCCGCCCCGGGACUGGAGCCCAGAGGGGCCAGAGGUCUGGGGGGUGUGGCUGAGGCUCCCCUGGCUGAGCCCUCAGAGGGCCUGGGGGGUGUGGCUGAGGCUCCCACAAAGGGAGUGCCGCAGGGUGAGCUGGGCCCGGAUGGGCUGGAGGGCCGAACUGGGGGGCUAAGGGAAGAUCCCGGCCAGGCCCAGCCCGGCGGGCUUCCUGCACUCCCACAGCAGAGUCUGGAGGAGGGGUCCCGGGAGGAGGAGAGGAAACAGGGGGGCCAAGGCCGACAAGGCCUCAGUUCAGAGCAGCUCGCUGAGGCUCGGGGCCUGAGGACGGGGCCCUCAGAACGCCCCCAGCGACGUUCCCCGCCCGCCCCUCUCCCACCUGACACAGCGCAGGCUCAGGCUGAGGCGGACGGCCCUGCUCCUGGAAGACCAUCCCCUCCAAGGGACUCUCCCCCUCGGGCGGCUCAGCCCGGGGGUGAGGCAGGGCCCCAGCCGCCCACGAACACCCUGCCCAUCAUGGAGGCUGUGCUCAAAGCCCAACCCAGGCCGCCACCCACAGCCGCUCAGGCGGAGGGAGAACAAGGCCCCCCACAACCCCGUGCGCCUCGGGCAGAGAACAGGCCUGAAGACCCAGGAACAGGCUCUGGGGAGGCUGGGCUGACCCCCACCCCAGGGGACCCCACGGGCAACGAGUCUCCAGCCGACCCCGAUCACAUCUUCCACAUCAUCUUCCUGGGAGACUCGAACGUGGGCAAAACAUCCUUCUUGCACCUGCUGCACCAGAACACCUUUGCCUCUGGGCUGACAGCCACUGUGGGAGUGGACUUUCGGGUCAAAAACCUGCUGGUGGACAACAAGUACUAUGCGCUGCAGCUCUGGGACACGGCUGGCCAGGAGAGGUACCACAGCGUGACGCGGCAGCUGCUCCGGAAGGCUGAUGGUGUGGUGCUCAUGUAUGACGUCACGUCCCCGGAGAGCUUUGCCCACGUGCGCUACUGGCUGGACUGUCUCCAGGACUCGGGGUCUGUUGGAGUGGUCGUUCUUCUCUUGGGAAACAAGAUGGACUGUGACGAGCAGCGGCAGGUGUCCACCGAGGCUGGGCAGCAACUGGCCCAGGAGCUGGGGCUCUCCUUCGGAGAAUGCAGCGCGGCCCUGGGUCACAACAUCCUGGAGCCCAUGGUGAGCCUGGCCAGGUCACUCAAGAGGCAGGAAGAUCUCCUGAAGGGCUCCCUGGUGGAGGUGGCCCCUGAGAGGCCCCGGAAGAAAGCUGGCUGCUGCUCCUGACCAGCUGGCCUGGCUCGGGGGACGGCCUCCCUUGGGUUCCCUGUCUCGCCCGCCUGGACAGCAACGCCGGAGGCCCCGCUCGGAAGAUCCGGAGAAUCCUCCCGGGUCAGGGCUCGGAUCCCAGGGCCGGGGCUGCGCUAACGCUGCCCUUCGCUCCCCGAAGAAGGACUUUGCUGAGCAAAUAACCCUUGGGGUGGGGGACUCCUUAAAGAAGGAAAAGUCUCGAGAAACAACUUAAGGGAAACACACCACAAUAUUAGCCACCCAUCUCUGGGCAGUGGAAUUACAGGGUGAAUGUGGGGGCGGUAUUUCCCUCUUAUACGCAUUUGUCUUUUUGGAUCUUCUGCGACGACUGGUGUUCCUAUAGAGCCAGAAAUAAAAAUGCAUGUU